AUGUCGGAGCGCAAGCCCACAAGCCCCGAUGACCCUCGAGGCGACUUCGAUCCUAUCGUACCACGCUCAAAUAGAGACCGACAUAGAGAUCGGGAUCAUCGCCGAUCCUCUUCUGCCCGCAGUGUCGGUAUUAGCGUGAGUUCGACCGCCAGCGCCAGCACGGCUUCAAGUAGGAACCCCGCCUUGUCGCAAAAGCAACCCAAAAAACAAAAGCAACCGAGCGUCGUCGUCGCCAUGUCAUCUUCGCCCGUGCCGGACUUAUCUAGCGCAUCGCCGUCCCCGUCAAUUUCAUCAAUAGAUACCAGGUCCGGGACUGGCGUUGAAUCCCCGCAUAGAGAUAGCAGCAUAGAUGGGAUCUACGUUCUCGGUGGCAUGACAUUAACCACCACCGACAGCCCCCUAGAGCCCGCUCUAUCGCGCGCCUCGCUCUCAUCCUGGGAUACCACCGCAGCAGCCUCUAUAUCAUCCGCGACGCCGUCAAUACCCAUAUCUCUAACAGCCACUGAGCAGCGCAAAUACGCAUGUCUCUUCCAUAUGCUGGACUGUCAUGAGUCCUUCAAUGACGGCGCGGAGUGGCGCACUCACGUCUUCAGCCACUUUCGCUCACACCCGACCCCUCCGUCAGCGCGGUGUCCGCUGUGUCCGAACACAAAAUUUGUCGACGGUAUCUCGGACCCCGUGUCGUCGCCGGUCCCCGAGGGCACCGAGUCGGCCCACUCUAGCGACGGCGUUCAAGCCCUGACAGACUUGCCCUCUGCAUGGGAGCGUAUGCUCGACCAUGUCGAUGUGGACCAUUAUUGUCUGGGCCAGACGCUUUCCGGUAGUCGGCCGGAUUUUGAGCUUAUGCGGUAUCUUUAUGGGAUGCGAGUUAUCACCGAUGCGCAGUUCAAGGCUAUGCAGUUGCCGCCUGCGCCGUCGAGUCCGGCUUAUCAUCGUUCGCAGGAUGGGGUUAGGGCUAGUAUUGGCUCUGCUGAUGAGCCAUACUGUGCGCCGUAUAGUAAGCGCCGGGAGGAGAGAAUGAGGGGACAGCAGAGGGGUGUCGGGGUUUUGUAG